AGGGUCUCGGUGAGGGAGAGGAGGGAUGAUCCAAAUAAUAUUGUCCAUUAGAUUUGAAUAAGAGAGGGAGUAUCCAACGAUCUGAACCGUUGAUUUUGAUGGUUUGCUAAGUUUGCGUGUAAUUUGUUUGGUGGAUUUAGUGAAGUUUAUGGGUGUAGGGGUGAUUUGGUUGAUGUGCCUUGCAAAGUCUAAACUGAUGGAUUAUAUAGCGUUAUAAAUAAACAACUACUGCUACUCUACUAGUUAAUAACUACACUAGUAUAAUAUUCAUGUGUUCGACAAAAUUUUCUUAAUUCUAAUUGUCCGGGCGUAUUGUGGCGGACGACAUAUAAAUAUUCGAUAAAAUGUUAACUCAUAACAAUCAUCGACUUCAGUAUAUCACAUAUUCUUUACUAGCAACCACCGAUGGGAAAGGUAAUGCUGGGGUGCGGCGGCGGCGUUUGGCGAGUCGGAGGCCAGCAAUAUAGCCUUGAUGUUGCCUAUGGCUUUGCAGAAGAAUUUGGGUGAGGGAAGCGGUGAUGGGAACUAGAUCAGCUACUUCAGCAAAAGGAGGUACUAGUCCCCUGUCUCUACUAUUUUGACCACUUUGUUUCUUAACACUAGCCUUUUAUUUCUAAUUUACAUGUACUGACGUAGUUAUGUAUCCUCAAUCUGCUAGCCCAUUAUUUUUUGUCUUGAUUCACCUUGUAGAGUAUAAUUAUACCUCCUUUUCAUGUUUCAAAAGGCAGAGAUGAAACAAUUUGCCAAGAGUGAUAUUUUUGUUCUCAAGCAACAUUAUGAAAAGAAAUUAGAUGACUUGGAACAAGAAAAUAAAGCUCUUCAGGUUUUUACUAGCUUACCUUGCGGACACUAUGCUCUUUUUUCCCCUGAAUUCUUGUUUGUAGAAAGAAAUAGAGAAUCUUCACCAUGCAUUAACCAAUGUAUGUUCUUCUAUGGAUGAGAAUGCUCAAAAACUGAAAGAAAACUAUCUUCAGAAGCUGAAUGCACUUGAAUCCCAGGUCCAUGAGCUCAAGAAACAAAAAAGUGAUGAGGCAGCAAAGCGUUUACAAGAAGAUAUUCAGCAUAUAAAAUCUCAGAAGGAUCAGCUUCAACAAAAGGCCAAGCAAGAGUCUGAAAAAUUUAUGUCUUGGAAGGCUGCCCCUGAAAAGGAAGUAAUACAGCUCAAGAAGGAAGGGAGACGAAAUGAAUAUGACAUGCACAAGCUCUUGGCUUUAAAUCAGAGGCAAAAAAUGGUCUUACAGAGGAAAACUGAAGAAGCAGCAGCUGCUACAAAAAGAUUCAUGGAGUUGCUGGAAGCAAAGAACUCAUCACUUGAGACAUAUGGCAGUGGAAAUGCUUCGGGGAUGCAGGCCUUAAUGCGAGCUGUUGAUGAUGAACUGGAAGUCACUAUAAGAGCACAUGAAUUACGCUCGUAUUACCAGCGACAAAUGCAAGAGAGAGCAGCAAUAUCCAAGGAAAUAGCAAAGCUGGAGGAGGAACCAAAGCACAAGAUGAGUGAUUGUCCUCAAGCUAUGUCUCCUAGUGCUAGAAGUUUUAGGAUAUCAGCAUUAGAGAACAUGUCCUCAUCAUCAAGCGCUAUGGUGUCUAUGGCUUCUCAACUAUCAGAAGCAGAGGAGCGGGAGCGGGUAUUCAAUGGUAAAGGUAGAUGGUAUCAUGUCAGGUCCCUCCCAGAGGCAGAGAACAUAAUGAACCACCUUUUCCAGUUAGCAUCAUCUUCAAGGUGUAAAGAAAAAGAACACACCAUUAUGGAAUUGAAGGAAAAGGUGGUUGUGCUUAAUAGUGAAAUCAGGCAGUUAGAAACACAAGCGACGGAUCUAAGGAGCACAAAUAAGAGGACAUAUCCUGUGCAAUCACUCAUUUUGGUGCAAGCGUGCAAUCAAACUAUCCAGAGCAUCCAAUCUAGAUCCAACGGUUUCAUAUGGAAGGGGUUAAAAGUAAAAUAGGUACUAUGUUUUAGAUGGAAGGGGUUAAAUAUAAAAUAACAGUCAUCAUUAGAUCUAUAUCGGAUGCACCAGAUCGCUUGAUUGCAUGCUUGCACCAGGAUAAGUGAUUGCAUAGGAUAUUUUCCCCACAAAUAAGCAGGUAAAGAUUCUCCCAGUUUGUACUGUGCAAAUUCGAUGACGCAAAAGUAUAAAAUUAUUGUGUACAAUAUUUAGAUAUAACUUCGUGAUCAUGCACAUGCUAACACUUUCUAGUUUCUACUAAUCGGUAGCUUUUCAAUGGAUUGAACAAUUCAAAGAAAUCUGCUAGGUCGAAUGGCACUGGAUUUGCUCCACGUCAGGUAUUUUUCUUUGAGUGUUUUCAAGUUUAUCUAGUGAUAUUCGUGGUAAGUAUGCAAUCUUUGCGGUUUUUCUUGUUAGAUAUGUCUGACCAUUCCUCGUACAUGCAUAGUGUUCGACCUUCCCAGCGUUUUGGUUAUAGCAAGGACAACUUCAAUUGGGUGGACGAUAUGGACAUUUCAGACAGUGAGCAGUUGGAUGAGUUAGAGGGUAUGCGUGAUGGAUCUGAUUCAGACUCGGUACAGUCGACCAGGAAAGGCAGAAACACACCAGUCAAGAGCGUGUAGCCAUUCAAAUCCUAACCUGGAUCGUCAAAAUACACACAGACGAUGCAAAGCCAGAGAAGCCCUCAGACGAAAAAGUGCAGUUUGCCCGAAACUAUUCCAUCGGACGGCUGUUCCUGCUCAAAAGCCUCAUCAUGCAAGACCAAGAAGUGCCAGUGCAGAGGCUCAGGUGCACAAUGCGGUGCAGGCUGUGGUUGUAAGGAUUCCAAAUGUACAUUGUGGCAUCACCUCAUUCUGUGUGCAACUGUUGUGUUCUCAGGUUAAAAAGUGGCGCAAUUCAGCAGUUCAACCCGUCCUUGGAUCUUUACUUCCCUCCGAGCCAGAGACACCGAAGCUGCCCCUCGGAACAGCGCCGACAUUCCCCUAAAGCUACCGAGGGCCAUGGCAACUCCUGCGGAGAGCAACCCUACCCUCACGGACCGCAAUGCUGCCAAGCCCGACAAAUCCGUCAGCACCGGCAUCAAGGAUAGCACCGGAGCUGCCGCCACGAGGCCACCGUCUCAGCUGCGUCUGUUGCGAUAAUCUGAUUGUGACAUUCAGUAUCCGUGUCGCGGAAGUCUUUUGCUGUACAAUGGGGGAGGCUGCCUCCUGCCUUGGCGUCCUUUGGAGCGAGGCAGGUAGACGUAGACCCUGGAAGGCUCGCUCUCGGCGUGUUCUUUUGCAACGACAAUGCCUUGUACUCGCCUUAGCUCUGCUUUGGUGGAACGCAACCUUAUAAUGGUGAGGUAACAUGGUGCAUUAA